CGGGACUGCGGGCGCGCCUGGGUGGCCGGGCGGGGGGGCGAGGGAGGCCGGCCCCGCCGCCCGGCCUGGCGCGCCACGCUCCUUCCCUUCCGCCGCUCGGGGGGCGUCCUCCCGGAGCGGCUCUCCGCACGCCCCGCCCCUCCGGAAUGCGCCCUGGACCCACGGGAGUUCGUCCGCCGGGCAUCUCCUGCCGAGCCGCCUGCGUGCCCGGUGCCCGGUGACAAAGAGGGCCGGCUGCGUGCUCGGGGGUGAUCCGCAGCGCCCGGCUCCCGCCCGGGGGCCGCCCUGAGCCCCUGGAGGCCGAGCCGGGGGGCGAUGGCCGAGCCGCUGCAAGGGGCGGCCGGGCGCGCUGGCUGGGACGGUGCUCCAGCUGCCGGCGCGGACACCCCCAGAGGGCUGCGGUGAGGCCCGAGCGCUCUUUUUGCAAAAGUCUCAAGGACAAGGACGGCAACUUUGGCUCCAAAGCCUCAAGAUAACGUCCUGCUCGGCGCGUGCGUCUCAGGUCCUGUUCCAAGAACCUGGCCACCGAAGGGUCGUCUUCUGCUGCUGACCCCCAUCAAACCCCAUCAUGCCCACAGCCCUGUGCCCCCGAGUCUUGGCUCCGAAGGAAAGUGAGGAGCCCAGGAAAAUGAGGAGCCCACCGGGAGAGAACCCGAGCCCCCAGGGGGAGCUUCCCAGCCCCGAGUCCUCCCGCCGCCUCUUCCGCCGGUUCCGCUACCAGGACGCGGCGGGCCCCCGGGAGGCCCUGCACCGCCUCUGGGAGCUGUGCCGACGCUGGCUGCGGCCCGAGAGGCACACCAAGGAGCAGAUCCUGGAGCUGCUGGUGCUGGAGCAGUUCCUGGCCAUCCUGCCCCGGGAGAUCCAGGGCUGGGUGCGGGCCCAGGAGCCCGAGAGCGGCGACCAGGCUGUGGCGGCCGUGGAGGCUCUGGAGCGGGAACCGGGGAGACCAUGGCAGUGGCUCAAGCACUGUGAGGACCCCGUGGUGAUCGAGGAUGGGGAGGGCCCUCCGGACCCGGAGCAGGAACGGCUGCCGGCAGAAGCCCAGGGCGACCUCGCCAAGAGCCAGGACACCCAGCCCGUGGCCCUGGCGCCGGGCCCUGGGCUCCCAAGCAGACCGCCAGGCCAGCUCAGUGGGGAUCCAGUUCUGCAAGACACCCCCCUUCAGGAAGCGAGUUUGAGGGAUGCACAGCAGGUGACGGCCCUCCAGCUGCCUCCGAACCGGGUCUCCCCCUUCAAGGACAUGAUCUUCUGCUUCUCGCAAGAGGACUGGUCCCUUCUAGACCCCGCGCAGACUGGCUUCUAUGGCGAGUUCAUCAUCGGGGAGGACUGUGGCGUCUCGCUGCCUCCAAACGACCCAGCCGCCCAGCUGGAUCUCUCCCAGGGAGAGGAGAACGAGCCCCGGGUCCCCGAGUUGCAGGACCUCCAAGGGAAGGAGGUGACCCAGGUCUCGUACUUGGACUUUCCGAGCCUCCAGCCAUUCCAGAUAGAAGAAAGACGAAAACGGGACGAGCUACAGGUGCCAGAGUUCCAGACCUUCCAGCAGCUGACACUCACUCAAAACACCUGCCCAGCCGGAGCUGACGUGCUGACCCCAGAGAACGGCCUGGAUGAGGAGGUGACCAUCGAGAUCGUCCUGUCCAGCUCCGGGGACGAGGACUCCCAGCUCGGCCCCUACUGCGCGGAGGAGCCGCGGAGCCUGCCCGCCUCCCGCCGGAGCGGCGCCGAGGCCGCGGGCGGGGUGCAGACGUCGUCCUCGAACAAGUCCUACGUUUGCCCGAACUGCGGGAAGAUCUUCCGCUGGAGGGUCAACUUCAUCCGACACCUGCGCAGCCGCAGGGAGCAGGAGCGGCCGCACGAGUGCUCGGUGUGCGGGGAGCUGUUCGGGGACAGCGAGGACCUGGACGGGCACCUGGAGAGCCACGAGGCGCAGAAACCGUUCCGCUGCGGCGCGUGCGGGAGGAGCUUCCGCCUCAACUCCCACCUGCUGUCGCACGGGCGCGCGCACCUGCACGCAGGCCGGCUGCCGCCGCUGCAGAAGCGCGAGCCGGGCGCGGGGGCCGCGGGCGGGGGUCCCGCGGGCGGGGGUCCCGCGGGCGCGGGCGACGGCGCUGCCAAGCUCCGCUUCCAGUGCUGUGAGUGCGACAAGGCCUUCCAGCGGCCCGACCACCUGGCGCGCCACCGCAGCAGCGUGCACGCCAAGGACAAGGCGCGGCCCUUCCAGUGCCGCUACUGCGUCAAGAGCUUCUCGCAGAACUGUGACCUUCUCCGCCACCAGCGUCUGCACAUGAAGCGCCGCUCCAAGCAGGCUCUGAACUCCUACUGAGGAGGCCCGUGGGGGUGGCGGCGCGCGUCCGCCCCGGAGCAGGGCGCAUGUCGUCCCCGCCCCGGAGCAGGGCGCCCUGCCACCCCCCGUUCCCCGGGCAGGGCGCAUCUCCCCGGAGCAGGGCGCCCUGCCACCCCCCGUUCCCCGGGCAGGGCGCAUCUCCCCGGAGCAGGGCGCCCUGCCACCCCCCGUUCCCCGGGCAGGGCGCAUCCCCUCGGAGCAGGGCGCACUGCCACCCCCCGUUCCCCGGGCAGGGCGCAUCUCCCCGGAGCAGGGUGCGCCUUGUCCCCAGAGCAGGGCACACGUCCCCGCCCCCCCAGCAGUGCGCACUCCCACCCACCCCCUUCCCCGGACAGGGCGCAUCUCCCCGGAGCAGGGUGCCCUGCCACCCCCCGUUCCCCGGGCAGGGCGCAUCCCCUCGGAGCAGGGUACGCCUCGUCCCCAGAGCAGGGCACACACCCCCGGAGCAGGGCGCACGUCCCCGCCCCCCCAGCAGUGCGCACUCCCACCCACCCCCUUACCCGGGCAGGGUGCAACCCCCAGGCAGGGCAGCAUCCCUCCCUCCCUCCCCGCCCAGGGCAGGGCCAGACCCUUGGUACUGACUGGUCCCACCCCCCGCCCACCAUGCACCUCCCCCAGGACAGAGUCACAAUCCUCCUGCCCUUUGCUCUCAGGUAGAAACGAGGUAGUGGCCGAUUGAGCAUCUGUUCUGUCUCUGCUGUGCCAAAAAGCAGGGAGGGCUUGUCUCCACCAGCUUUGACUCUUCCAUCUUUCCAGGUCUUCGAGAACCCCCUGCACUGCUUUCCAAGCAGGGAGGGACUGGGAUGCUCCCCACCGUGGUGACCCCCCAGGGCCGUGUCCCUUGCCAACCAGUCUAAACACACACCCAUAAAGCCCUGUUCCACAUCGUCCCUUCCCCCAUCCUGAGGUUGGGAGUAACUGCACUUCUGUGUGACACCAAGAAGCUUUGGGGGUGGGGGUGGGCUGGGGGGAAGGCUGUGGGCAGGUGUCCCCCUGGGGCAUGUGGGUGGCAGGGCCAAAUACCCCGAGCGUGUCCUGUCCUCAGAAGUCACCAUCUGGCCCAUAGGAACAAUCCAGUGUCACGAGGAGCCUCGGUGGGGGCCGAUCGCUCCCUGCACAGGCAGAGGGUCCUGCCAUUUUAUUUGUCAUGGUGUCUGGUUAUUAGGGAAUGUGAGAUCAUUGAAGGCAAAGCCCACAUUUUACACUGUUGCACGCCCUCCCCAAAAUGUGUCUGUAACCUGGGAGGCCCUUGACAAAUGGUCACGGAGGGGGGAGUGUGGUCCCCAUCCCACCGGGCCUGGGAACGGGGAGCUCAGCCCCCAGUGUUGUCCGGGCGACGUAGGCAGGGGACACGGCGUUCCAUGAGCAUUGACUCAGCCUGCCGGUCCUAUUUGUUCGCUAGGGUUGCUGUAAAAACGGGAUGGCUUACAUGUCCUCUGAGAUCGGGAGGCGGGAGUCAGACGUGGAGGUGCCCGCAGGGUUGGGUCCUUGAGAGGGAGCGUCUGUGUCCCGUGUCUGCUCUGGUGGGCGGUUGCAGGCAUUGAUACAACAUGACUUGUGGAAGCAUCACCCCAUCCGUGCUUCAUCUUCACAUGGUGUCGUGUGUGUCCGUCUCCACGUCUCCCUUGCUCCCACGACAUCAACCAUGUGUAAGACCUACCCUUCCGACUCCUGUCUGUUACCAUCUUCACUAAUGACAUCUGCCAUGGCUGUAUGUCCAAAUAGGUCACACUGACGUACCCGGGUUAGGACGUAAACCUACAAGUUGUGGGCUUGGACACAGUUAAACCCACAAUACCGGCCAGUCCCACAAGGCUGCUGUCAUUCCCAGGUCAUGGGAGAAUCCGUACAGACUGGCUGGAUUCAGGCCCAAGCUCCUGUUUCCAGGCUGGGUGUCCUGUGUGGUCAUAUGCCCAGGCCCCUCAGCCGCCCGUUCCCCUUAUCGGGUGACACUUCACUGCCACGUCGAGACACCACUCCCCCAAACCCAGUGAGAGCGUUACGAGGUCCUGCCGUCGAGCUCCGUAACUGCAUAGAUGCAUCCACCUACCCGGGGACAGUAAAUGCAAUAAAGCCGUUUGGUCAUACCCUCAACAGAAAACUGUUGGGGCUCUUUGUUUCUAAAUAGUUUGCCUCUUGAAAGGGGAGAGGGAGCCCCCAAAAUCUUUUAAGCCUAAGAGUGGAAAUUCCAAGUAGAAGCCCGACUCCCAUCCACCCGAGCUCUUGCCCAAAGGUUCCGUUGGUGCUGAGUGUGUAUUCACCCACCCACGUCAGAAACUUGCCUAAAAAGAGCAUUGUUCAGCUCACCGUGCAUUUUAUGUGUAAAGUCAGGUCCUAAGUAAGAAACAAACGGAAUGUAACAGGCUGUGCAUUUCUUCGGGUGCCCAUCAAAUAAUGUGCAGCGUCCUUGCAUUCACUGACCCAGAGCUGACUGGGGCGCCUGGGAAACCGGGAGCUGACGUUGACCCGGGAGACCGUCCUGGGCGAUGAAGUUCAGGUCCCAGGUGCGUGCCACGCGUGAGAAGCCCAGGCUGCCUGCACUGCGGAAAGCUCCGGAGAGGAGAGCUGGCCCCCUUGGCUCGUCCCUCUCUCUGUGGGGGCUGGGCCGGCAGGUGAGGGGUCCGCCUUGCCAUGAGGUUCAGAGACCGCACAUCUGAGGAAUAGCUGCCCUCCCUGUUCCUCUCAUCCCUUGGCAUUGUUCCCACCAACUUAACAGGUGCAUAAUAAAAACUCACUGAAGUAG